GGUAUUAAUUAAUUAUAGGGAAGUUUUUGGAGCAUGAACCUAAGGUCUAUUUAAUUAAUUAAUUUGUUAAUUAAAUAUUGAUUGACUUUUGUAUGAUUUACAUUUGGACAUAGGAUGGAUCUGGAAUAGCUUUUAGAUUCUGAUUCGGUUUUAUCAAUUGGUGCUUUAUCAUGAUUGCAAAGUGAUUCAUGACUUUCAAAACAGGGAGGGAAUUUUAAUUAAAGAAAUCCAUUAUAAUUUACGUUGUGUUUUAUGAUAUUGUCCUUAUGUAUUGUUGUUGUGGCAAGGACUCUAAAAAGACGUUUGUGUUAAUUAUGUAUAGGCAGCAGAUUGUAUACUUAAUUAAGAGCUAUAGUAGUACUAUAGAGUGCUUUGAGUUGUACGUAGAUGUGGCCAUUAAUUUCGUUUCUAAUGAUAAUAGAAAUCAUAAUUUCUACUAAUUUUCUGUGUGUAUAAAGCAAAUUCUGCACCAGGCACAAGCAGUUUCUUUAAUUAAGUUGUUAACUAUAGUGUGCAUGCAUUAUUUGGUAUGUGGAUGCAUGAGCAGAUGGCUAACAUUUGCAUAUGGGCUUAUAUAUCACCAAACACAAUAGUGAUUGGCAUAUAGGGGUGACAGAGGUCAUCCAGCAUCCUGCCAAUACAAUAGAAAAAUUGCCAUUUUGAAUUAAUUGUAAAAGCACCACAGUUAUCCCUAUCUUGUCUCUUUACUUUUAUGUCAUUUCUAUAGCUCCCAGCUGUUUCAAAUGUGGAGAAUUUUUUAUCUACUUGAGUAACUAAAAUUGCAUGUAAAUUCCGACAAAAAUACAGCUGUUAGAGCAGUCUGCAUGUGACUUAAUUAAUUAAUUAAUUAAGUUACGUGAUUACCUAAUGGUAUGUAUACGAAAUGAGUUGGAAGUCUAAGGUAAUUAAGUCUAGAAAUGUAAGAAUCAGAGGAACAUAAAUACUUAAAAUACAGUUCAGCUAGCAAACUUUGUUUCCUGAAAUUUUUGUUUGUGUACUCAUGUGAUUUGUGUUCAGAUUAGACACUCAUACGAAGAUGUUCCAGUACGUGCAUGCAAUGAAAUUUCAACAUCUCCAGCAACUGCAGUUCCAACACAGACGCUGGUUCAAACAACCAAUGGUAUACCAAGCUUGCAGCCUCUCGCCUAGACUCAGAUAAAGAUAGUCAACGUUCUUCCAAAUGUCAUGAGCAAUUGACUGUCUCGACAGUACUCUGGUGUGGCUUUGGCUUUUAUUAAGACAGCACUCUUGUUGUCAAGGUGUUGUGGCAACAUAGCAACUUCCUUGUCAAGGUGUUGUGGGUCUUCAAGUCUACUAUAGAAGGAAACAACUAGCCGAUGAAGACACCAUAAUUUAUAAUUCAUUGCAUCUGUUUGCAUCUGUUGGUAUGUUUCUGGUCUUUGCUUCUGUUGUCUUUGUUUCUAUGUCUUUGAUCUAUGGUGGUACAGUAUAUGUUUCUGCUUCUGUUGAUUUUUGGUGUGUCUUUGUUAGUACCAUGCAGGUUCUGUUCUAAUUUUUCUAUUUUUAGGUACACUUCAUUUUGGGACUUUGCCAGUGUGGUCUUAGACGUGUUAUGCAAUAAUUAUAAUUACUGUUAAUGUUAAUCAAUAAUUAUGAUGCUAUUACUUAAUAUUUGAUACAGAAGUUAGAAAUAUGUUCAGCUCCCGUUACAUUUAAGGACAACAUUUAUUUUUAUAAUCUUGGACUGUUAGUAUGCUGGUUUGUGAUGUGUUGUGUAGAAAUUUCAAUAUCUUUACUAACACCAGGUCCAACACAGACAGUAUCUUCAUCGCCACCAGUAAUUGUGCCUUCUCCUACUCCAUCUGUUGAUGUAUCACCAUCGGUCAGUGCAGUUCCUUCACCAGAAAUUGCUCCGACACAGACAAUAUCUUCAGUACCAUUUAUAAUUGUGCCGCCACAUCCUUCUCCAUUAGUGGAUGUAUCAUCAUCAUCAGUCAGCGUUGUUCCUUUACCAAGAGUAUCUUCACCUCCACCUGUAAUUGUUCCACCACCGUCUUCAUCAGUUGAUUUAUCACCAACAGUCAGUGCGGUUCCUUCACCGACAAUUUCUCCAACACAGACAAUAUCUUCAGUGCUAUCUGUAAUUGUGCCACCACCACCACCUCCAUCUGCUGGUAUAUCACGAUCAGUCAUUGUAGUUCUUUCACCAACAGUAUCUUCACCUCCACCUGUAAUUGUGCCUCCUCCUACUCCAGCUGUUGAUGUAUCACCAUCGGUCAGUGCAGUUUCUUCACCAAAAAUUGCUCCGACACAGACAAUAUCUUCAGUACCAUUUAUGAUUGUGCCGCCACAUCCUCCUCCAUUAGUGGAUGUAUCAUCAUCAAUCAGCGUUGUUCCUUUACCAACAGUAUCUUCACCUUCACUUGUAAUUGUUUCACCACCUUCAUCUGUUGAUGUAUCACCAACAGUCAGUGCGGUUCCUUCACCGACAAUUGCUCCAACACAGACAAUAUCUUCAGUACGAUCUGUAAUUGUGAUGCCACAUCCUCCUUCAUCUGCGGAUGUAUCACGAUCGGUCAUUGUAGUUCUUUCACCAACGAUUGUUCUGCAGACAGUUUAUCAAAUGUCGGCUUUAUUGGAACUCACUUCAGUUUCUUCAGGUUUACUUACAUCAGCUACAGUACCAACAGUUCAUGUUACACCAACUCCAUGUCACUUGAUUAAUUGCCCUGUGCUGCAUCGUCUCAUGCAUGGCAGUAUGUCUACUAACAACAGUGUUUGCAAUACAACUGUGCACUUUGGUUGCGACGAUUGCUACUUUCUUGUUGGUCACUCAAACUUAACCUGCCAGCCAAAUGGAGAGUGGGAUGGAAAUCCACCUUCUUGUGAAGUUGGUCACUGUCCAGAAUUAGUUUCUCCUUACAGUGGGUCAUUAUCAACAACCGAGACAUCAUGCAAUACAACCGUAGGCAUUGUGUGUGAUGAAUGCUAUGAGUCUAGGAUCGAUUAUUUUUCCUGUUUGCCUGGUUUUUAUUGGGACUAUGACAUUCCUACUUGUGAAUUUGUCUACUGCCCAUCGUUAAUGACACCGUAUGAUGUAGUAAAAAGUUCUGAUGAUACUGGGUGUGGUGUAGAAGUUCUUUUCAGUUGCAUUGAAGGCUUUAUGUUAUCAGGGAACUCUUCUUUGGUUUGUAUGACAAAUGGAAUGUGGAAUGGUGUUACUCCGCAGUGCAAAGAUGUGGAUGAAUGUUUGGAGUUUCCUUGUAACAAUGACGGUACCUGUCACAACACGAUUGGUAGUUUUAGCUGCAUAUGUACUGCAUACUUUUUGGGGCCUUUAUGCGAUGAAGAUGCUGGUAAUCUGUACUCAUACGGUCCAUCUCAGAAUGACUUUGUUCUUCCUCCUCUUGAUGACUUUUCUCUUGGUCCGAUACCUAUUAAUAUUGAGUGCUUUCCAUUUGGUCAAGUGCACCAGCACCAAUCAGUCUAUAUUUCGUCAAACGGGCUCAUCUCAUUUGAUCAACCGUUUGCUGAUCCAUUUCCUCGUGUGUUUCCUGGUUUUACGUUUACAUCUGUGGUGGCACCUUAUUGGUCGGAUGUUGACUUGCGAAGAGAUGGCGAUGUGUACUAUAAUGUAUAUAGAGAUGUUGACUCUACAUACAUUCAAAGAGCUACAGCUGAUGUUCGGAUGUUUAGCAAGUAUCACUCAUUUACAGCAGUAUGGGUAUUGGUUGCCACGUGGGUUCAAGUUCCUAAUUUUCCUGAUGGAUCUCCUAACUAUUUUGAUCAUCUUUCGACUCAACGUAACACGUUUCAGGUUGUCAUAGCAACAGAUGGUAGCCAGGCAUUUGCAAUUUUCAAUUAUCCUAUUGAUGGUCUGCAGUGGUCUGGUCGUGGGGCAUCAGCUGUAGUUGGUUACACCACAUUUGACAGCAACUUUUUUCACAGUCACUUUUUGUCUGGAUUUCCGGAUGUUGUAGACAUUGAUUCAAAAUUGUUUCCAUCCAAUACAGGACACAUAGGCCGAUUGUUUUAUCAACUCAGUGAGGAUAUCAACAUUUGCUCUUCUAAUUCAGUUUGUCUCAAGUGGGCUAGAGAGGAUAGUGAUCGUGAUCAAUUCCUUCCAUGGCAGUUCUUUCUUCCACCAUGUCCUUGCUCAUUUUUUCAAGCCAGCAGAGAUUUCAGAUAUCAAGUGUCUUCUGUAACAGCAACAUCUAUCUGCUAUGCGUCUACUUUUCCUGUAGCAUUUGGCUCUCAAGUUAAAUGCUGCUAUACAUUUUCCUUUUUUGGUGGUGGUUUUUUUGGUGGUGGUUCUUUAGUAGUAGGCUUUCCACAAGGUGGCACAACUAACCGAUAUCACUCACGGUUUUUUCCUUUUCUCCAUGAGCAACAUGAUAUUCAACCAUACAGAGACUGCUGUGUCAAUGCUGAUCUUUGUCAUCUUUAUUAUCAACGUCGACCCUCUCAAAACUGCUUUGGCUAUUUCCCACCAUUUUGGGCUUGGUUUUGGGGCGACCCACACAUUAGUACUUUGGAUGGAAAACAGUACACAUUUAAUGGUCUUGGUGAAUAUAUUCUGUUGAAGACUGCUAAUGAAACCUUUAUGUUGGAAGGCCGCACUCGCUUGGUGGAGAACUCCACUGCCACUGUAUUUUCUGCUUUCGCUGCGGCUGAGUUGAACAAGAGCAGUGAGUUGAGUGAAUUCCAUUUGAAGUCGAGUGUUGUUGACACUGAACUAACUAAUGAAAACACUUUGCAAGUAAUGGCCUGCUGCUACAUAGAGGAUGAUUUGUCUUCUAGUUCUCCUACAUUUGAUAAGAGCGGUUGGCGUGACAUCACAAAUGACUUUAAUGACCUUGAUAAUGUCACUCAGUUGGCACUGGACAAUGUUGUAUUGACACGACCGGAUAACAAAAGCAUAGUAGCUGCAUUUGUUUCUGGGAUUUCUGUGACAGUGGAGGUAAAGAAAGCUUCGUUGAGUGUAGUUUUUGCAGCUCCUGACUCAUUCAAAGGAGAUACACAAGGUUUGCUGGGCAAGUGGGAUGGUGACAAAUCAAAUGAUCUUGCUGCACGGAAUGGAACAGUUAUACACAUUAACUCAACUGAUCGAGCUAUUCACAGUGUUUCACAGACUUGGCAAGUGGAUGAAGCUGAAUCUUUAUUUUACUAUGGUGAAGGCAGUGGCUUGUCUACUUUUUCAAGACCUGAUCACAUUCCUGUGUUUUCUGAUGAAGCUCUUGAGCGAUACACACCUGAGCAACGAGCAGCUUGCAAUGAUGACCCUCAAUGUCUUUUUGACACGGCUGAAACAGGUGAUCCAGAAAUAGGUCAGGAAACACUUGUUACCAACACGCAGCUACUCGAACAGUCAGCAUCUCUCAUGAACUUUCCUCCAACUCUGAAUGGCAGUAAUGUUUUGAAUGCAACCAUCGGCGAGUUAGUGACAUACACAUUUAUCGGAUCAGACAGCGAUACAUUCAAUGUGACAUUAGACGGUAUUCUUCCUCCAUCAUCAGAUUACACAUUCACAAGAACUGGGGAUGAGUUCAAUUUUACAUGGACACCAACAUCAUCUGAAGUUGUGUCUCUUGUGUUUAUUGCCAAUGAUACAACUGGCUUGAGCAGUCAACUUCAGCCACUCGUUCGUUUGUGUGCUUGUCGAUUGGAGAAGAAUGCUACAUGUGUGAUAUCUGACGCAAGUGGAGGUGAAAAUCUGUUUGUGCUUGAGGACUGUGAAUGUGGCAUUGGGUGGCAAGGAAAAUUUUGUGGUGUGGAUAUCAAUGCAUGUUUGACAUCCAACUGUCCUCAUGGCACCAACUGUACUGAUCGACGUGCACCAGACACUGGUUUUGACUGUGGGUCAUGUACUCCAGGACUUGAAGUGGUAGAUGGGAAAUGUGAAGACAUUGAUGAGUGCAUAAACGAUACACUGAACAACUGUCAACAUUCAUGUGUCAAUCAAGUACCAUCUUUUAGUUGCGAGUGUCGCACAGGGUUCACCUUACAAGAUGAUGGUGUCAACUGUUCAGAUGUCAAUGAGUGUGAAAAUGGCAACCCAUGCCAUCAAGUUUGUAACAACGUACCAGGUUCUUUUCAGUGUGAUUGUUUCAAUGGAUUUCUUCUUCUUUCUGCUGAUAACAUCACUUGCGCACCUGAAGAAGUAUGUAUGACGAGAGAAGCAGAUUGUGAGCAGGUGUGCUCUCGAAAUAAGAGUAGUGGGGUUGAAACCUGCAGUUGCAAUCAAGGUUAUCAGCUUGAUUCUAAUGAUCGCAACUGUUCUGAUAUUAAUGAAUGCAACGAGAAUUUGGAUAACUGUGAUCAAACAUGUGUGAACACAAAUGGAUCGUUUACUUGCCAGGGUAAUAUUGGCUAUAUACUAGAAUCUGAUCGACACACUUGUACAGAUAUCAAUGAAUGUUUGGAGGAUCCAUGCACUAAUAUUACUGGACAGCAGUGCAGCAACUUGCCUGGCUCGUUUAAUUGUUCAUGUCCACUUGGCACUGAAGUUAUCGGUAGUGCUUGCAAACUUGCUGACGAUUGUGCUUCUGGUCCAUGUCUAAAUGAUGGUGAAUGCUUUGAUGGUCUGGGCAUGUUCACGUGUCUGUGUAGCUCUGGCUACACAGGAGUUGUGUGCGAUAAAGAGCUAAAUGAAUGUGACUCAAAUCCGUGUCAGAACAACGGAACCUGUACUGAUCAGUUUGACAAGUUUAAAUGUGAUUGUAUCCCAGGUUAUGAAGGAGACUCAUGUGAGAGAGAAACAGAUGAGUGUGGAUCGUCGCCUUGUCAAAAUGGAGCAACAUGUGUAGAUGCUUUCCUCAGCUUCACAUGCAACUGUACUGUUGGAUAUGAGGGAAUUAUGUGUGAAACAAAUAUCGACAAGUGCAUGUCUCUGCCAUGUCGGAAUGGAGCCAUGUGUGAGGAUGGUGUCAAUGGCUAUAAUUGUACGUGUGUGCCAGGCUUCACUGGUGUGUUAUGUGAAACAGAAGUGAAUGAAUGUGAUUCAUCACCAUGUCAAAACAAUGCUACAUGCAUUGAUCAAGUGAAUAAAUAUGAUUGUCGAUGUAUGGCUGGUUAUACAGGACAGCAGUGCGAAACAGAAAUUGAUGAAUGUGCUUCAAAUCCUUGUCAGAAUGGCGGUACUUGCACAGAUCUACUGGAUAGCUAUACAUGUAACUGUAUCGAAGGCUACAUUGGACUAGACUGUGAAACCGAUUUUAAUGAAUGUGAAAGCAAUCCAUGUUUCAAUAGUGGAGUUUGCGUGGACCAUGUCAAUAGUUUUGAUUGUACCUGUGCAAGUAGAUUCAGUGGAUCAUUUUGUCAAAUUGCACCAAACAGAACUGUUCCUUGCACUGAUGAAUUUGAGUCGGGAGACUGUGAUGAUGUUGUUACUUGUGCUGAGGCUGCUUUUCCUUGCUCCUAUUCAUACUUUACUGAGUUCCUCUUGCCAUUGUGCAAGUUACAGGACAGCGCAUCAACUGCAAUGGGAUGGUCAACGGCAGCCAGCUCAUGCUUGAUGGAACAAAUACAUGAUUACUUUACCUCAAACUACAUCAGUCAACCAUCAUCCACAGAGUGUAUUGAGUUUCAACGGUUUAUGUUUCAUUCACAGCAACAAUGUCUCAAUUUUUCUCUGUGCAGUAGCAACAUUAGCCGUUUUGAUGCAGAUAUUGUGUCAAGUGUGUUUAAUAGCCUUUCUCCCCUUCGUGAUGCAAACAUAGAACAGAUGUUGCAACUCAUCGAUUCUUGCCCAGGAGAUGGUGUUGACUUACUUGCUGAUAGUUUGAGGGAUAAAGGCUUUGUUAUCUGUGUAGUGGUUGAAUUGUUAGCAGGUGAAGAUGAGGAAGCUAUAGCAGAAACUGUUCGCUCCAGACUUUCGAACCUCGUUGCAUCAGUGACAGGACGUGUUAGUAAUGUUACAUCUUUUGAUUCUAAUGCGUGUCCAGCAUUGCCUUCUGACAACAACAGCCGGAGACGUCGAAGCAUAGUUGACGAUGACAUGGUACGAAUUCGAAGGAAUACAGGAACAGUUGCUCCUUCCAAUACUACUGUUCAGCUGGCAUUUUUGAGUAGUGGCGAUAAUGCUGUCAGUUUGUCAACAUUAUGUGACAAUACAUCAACUGUGGGUAAUGCAAGUCUGGGUUGUUCAGUGUGUGGUAAUGGUGUGUUAAAUGUUGCUAAUGAGAGCUGUGACGAUGGAAAUGAAAUGUCUGGUGAUGGUUGCUCUAGUGAUUGUGUCAUUGAGCGAGGUUAUGAUUGUAACGUCAAUGUGGUAUCUAGUGUUUGCAUAAACAAGACUUGUGGUGAUGAUAUUCGUGUGUCUGGAGAGGAGUGUGACAAUGGGAAUCGUCGUGGAUGUUCUAAUUGUUUAAUUGUUCAAGGGUUUGAGUGCUCUGACGUAUUCUACGAAAGUAGCGUGUGCUUCAGUUGUGGCAAUCAAAUAGUGGAAGAGUUAGAGCAGUGUGACAAUGGACUCAGUAGUGCUAUUGAUGGUUGUAACAAUACCUGCUCUGUUGAUCUUCUUUGGGACUGUACAUCUGUGAUUGAUGAGGAAAGUGUUUGUGAACACGUUGCUGUCGACUUCAAUGUUGCCGAUGUCACAACUUUGAAUCCUCCAGUCAUUGACUUUGUUGCUGCUGGUGCCGUACUGUUUUUAGUACAGGAAGUUGGACAACUGGAUAGUAGUCGUUUCGGUGAUACGGACUGGAAGAGUAUAGAAGUUGAUAUGUCUAUUCCAUCAUCUUCUAACAUCUCCUUUGAAAAUAUUGAUUAUUUACGAGAUCAAACAGUUCUUCAACAAAGGAUAACAACUUCUGACUUCUUUGCAUUAAAUAAUUCCAUUGUAGAGGAUCAAAGUGUUGCUGAUGUCAGUUUAGGAGAGAGACACAAAAGAUUUGUGCGUUUGAAUAAGCCUGCUAAUCUUACUCACGUGUUACUAUCUUUGGUGUUUCAUCAUUCUACUGCAAACGUUCAGGGAGAAUUUAGGUAUGUUAAUUUGACAGUUGUGGAUAUUUUUGAUGAUCGAUCUCCAACAGUUAUGAUCACUUUGAGAUAUAUUGGUUCAAAUGAUAGCUCACCAGUCAGUAUUGCUGAGAAUGCAACAAUUGUUCUAACACAGUCAGUAUCUGCAUCUUCACCUAUGAUUGUUUUAUCAUCUUCUCCUCCACCUGUGGAUGUAUCACCAUCAGUCAUGGUAAUUCCUUCAGCAACAAUCAUCUCACAGACAGUUUCUUCUCUACUUUCUGCAAUUUUAUUGCCUAUUCUGUCUCCAUCUGUACGGUUAUCUGCUACCGUUGAACCAGUGACAUCAUUGCAAGUAGUAAUGAAAGUCUCUACUGAAAUAUUCAGUACCAGUACUACCACUCAAACAUUAACUUCAUUUGAACCCGCACCAGUUUCUUCAGCUUUACUUACAUCUUCUAUAAUACCAACGGUUCAUGUUGCACCAACUUUGUGUCAUUUGAUUAAUUGCCCUGUGCUGAAUUAUCCCAUGCAUGGCAGUAUGUCUACUAACAACAGUGUUUGUAUAAACACAACUGUACACUUUGAUUGUGAUGAUUGCUACUUUCUUGUUGGUCAGUCAAACUUAUCUUGUCAGCCAAAUGGAGAGUGGGAUGGAAAUCCACCUUCUUGUGAAGUGGUCUAUUGCCCAUCGUUGAUGACACCAUACAAUGGUACAAAGAACUCUGAGGACACUAGGUGUGGUGUAAGGGUUGAGUUCAGUUGCAAUGAAAACUUCACAUUAUCAGGGAAGUCUUCUUUGGUUUGCUUGACGAAUGGAAUGUGGGAUGGCAUUCCUCCACAAUGCGACGCUUUACCUGAAACAGUAGCCCCUACACUCUCAGAAGGAGGUCCUGCUCUAACAACUGCUGAAAUCAUUGGUCUCAUUAUUAGUGUUGUUGGAGUUGUCAUUCUCAUCAUAGUCAUUAUUUUAUACUGCAGAAUGUGUAAAAGAAAUAUCAAAGUGAAGCCAUCAAGUGAUAAUGAUCUGGCACCACAACCAGGAAAAGCUUCUACUGAUCCUACACAGACACAUGCUGAAUGACGAAACGGAUGACUGAUAUUUACAUGCGGCUAUUUUAGUUUUAUUUGGUUAGUUUUUAAAUUGACUUUAGAUAACUGAUUGUGUUUGUUUGUAUUGGUCUGCAUUACAUGUCUAAGCUGGAGUUGAAAA